AUGUCCUUCCUCGAGACCCGCGUCCCCCCUCCCCUCCUUGCCAUCCUCUCUGGCUACAGCAUCACGGUCCUCGCCGACCGCUUUCCCGAGUACGCAUACGACAUUCCUUACCGGCCGUACGUCGCGGGCGGCAUUGCGGCCGUGGGCCUCGUGAUCAACCUCAAAGCCAUCUUCGACUUCCGCAAGCAUAAGACGACCAUGACUCCCUUCUCUCCCAACAAGAGCAGCACGGUCGUCCGCGAUGGCGUUUUCGCCCUCACCCGCAACCCCAUGUACCUCUCGCUCUGCUUCGGACUCACGGCCUGGAGUGUGUGGAAGAAGGCACCACUCGGAGCCGGCGUGAUCGCCGUGUUCAUCGCGUACAUGACCCGCUUCCAGAUUAUUCCAGAGGAGCGCGCGCUGCAGGCCAACUUUGGAGACGAUUAUGCUUCGUACAAGAAGUCGGUGCGGCGCUGGAUUUAA